GCAACGCGGCUUCACGUCUUCAAGUCCACGGCCCAUCCCCACGAAACCACCACUUUCCAGUCUGCUACGCCAUCCUCCGGCAGUCUCCGCUAGACUACAGUCACAAUGGUGGUCCUCGCAGCUUCAAUAUGCACAAGAGGCGGCAAGGCCGUCCUCUCGCGCCAAUUUCGCGAAAUGCAGCGCUCCCGUAUCGAGGCUCUCCUCGCUUCCUUUCCCAAGCUCGCCGACAGCGGAACCCAGCAUACCACCUGCGAACAGGACAACGUGCGCUACGUCUACCAGCCCCUCGACGAACUAUACAUGGUCUUGAUCACCAACCUGCAAUCCAACAUCCUGCAAGACAUCAACUCGCUGCACCUAUUCGCCCAGGUCUGCUCCUCGAUAUGCAAGUCUCUGGACGAGCGCGAGAUCCUCAAGAAUGCCUUUGAGCUUCUGACGGCCUUUGACGAGAUUGUCACGUUGGGUUAUCGGGAGAACUUGACCAUGAGCCAGAUCAAGACUUUCUUGGACAUGGAGUCGCACGAGGAGCGUAUCCAAGAGAUUAUCGCACGGAAUAAGGAGCUCGAGGCUUCAGAAGAGCGCAAACGUCGCGCCAAGCAGCUCGAGAUGCAGCGCAAGGAAAUGUCGAGGACGCAGCGAGCAGGUGGAGGCAUGGGUGGCGGUAUGGGGAGCAUGGGUGGUAUGGGCAGUCGCUCACCCUCGUAUCCCGCUUUCACACCCAGCGUGCCAACAACCAACGUUACCGACACAUACGACUCGUAUGAAGCCGAGAAAAAGAAGGCUACAAGCAAGCCAUUGGCUCUCGGCAAGAAGGGCAUGCAGCUUGGCAAGAAGAACAAGACCAGUAACAUGUACGAGCAAGUGACUGGCGAAGCCGCGCCAGCUGAAGAGGAACCUCUUGUUGCACCCAAGCCAAGUGCACACGCUGCUGCAGCCCCAUCAAGCGCACGCCCAUCUACCUCAACCGACCGCGAGGCCGUUCACAUCACUACCAACGAGACCAUCUCGGCCCGACUAGACCGCGAAGGUCUGCUCAAGUCGUUUGAAGUCAAGGGCGAGAUGCAGCUCAAGAUUACGGAUCCUUCCUUCACACAGGUCAAGCUAGACCUGGCCACAGGAGAUACUCGCGGCGCCCAGUUGAUGACACAUCCCAAGGUCGACAAGACCAUAUUCAAGAAUAGCAAGGUGAUUCAGCUUGCCGACACGAGCAAGGGCUUUCCCUCGAACAUGGGUAUUGGCGUCAUGAAGUGGAAGCUGGCACCACGACCGGACGAUGUCUCUGACCCGCCCAUUACGUUCCGUGUGUGGGUCGAGGAGUCAGGCAACAUGUACAACAUCACGGUUGAGUAUGAGCUCACUGGCGGCGACUCGCUGAAGGACGUGGCCAUCACCAUUCCCUACCAGACAGACGAGCCAAACGUUUCUUCCUUUGACGCCGUAUACGAAGUCAGCGGCGACAGCAUCGAGUGGAACAUUGGAGCCGUGGACGAGGCAAACAGCUCUGGCAGCUUUGAAUUCGAGGCCCAAGCCGGUAGUGACUCGGAGUUUUUCCCCAUGAGCAUUCGUUUUAGCAAGGCCACACCUUUUGUCGAUGUCGAUGUCUCGUCCGUAACUCUGCUCUCCAUGGGCCAAGACAUCAACUUCUCCAAGGACGUCAAGUCUGUUGCUGAAAACUACAUCAUCUCAUAGACGGCCUGAAAAGUUGACAACUGGUGAGGCCACAAGCGGAACCAAGUAUUGGCUGUAUGUAGCAAAGGAAAAAAUACGGUGGGGUUGAAAAGCAGGGUGUGAAAUUCCUUGUUAUUCAAGGAAUCGGAGAGGUAAGGUGUGAGAGUGAGAGAGGCCAGAUAGACAAUAUACCUGGAAUGAUACGAUUUGCGCUGAG